CUCUCUGUAUCUAUUCCACAAUUCAUUUUAUCCACACUCUUAUUUUUUAACAAAGAUGAGUACAUAUUCCACAUUCCAAACCUUGCCCUGGUCCAUCAUUGGGUCCGUUGUCGUAUCCCACUUGAAUACCAACCGGUCCGACUAUGAAAGCAACCCGAGGCUGGCAUCAGCCAUCAUCCACUGCUACCACGCUUGGCGCUCCGCAUUCAUGUCCAAGACCUGUGCCAACCUUGAAAUCAAAUUCAGCCUUGUUCAUCCCCCGGUCUACUUGUUUCCCAGCUGGCCGCUGGCUCUCACUCAGCCAGGUUUCUCCGACAUUACUCAUAUUUCAUUUGGAAGCGCAGUUCAGAAUACGCGGUUUAUUGAGUGCAUUCGCCAAAAUUCCAAGUCGCUCAGGAAGCUGAAGGUUUCGGAUUUUAACAAGGGCAAUGCAGAACUGCUACUUUACAACAGCCAAGGAGAGCCUGUGGUUUACCCGCGUCUGGAGUCCAUUGUUUAUCGCGGGACGCGUUCCGUUGGGCGCAUAGUGCACUUUCCAAAGCUCCAAUUGCUCGAAUUUGAUAGUGGGUACCCGUUCGACGAUGAUGUUCUUUUCAGGGGCAAUAGCGAUACGCUCGAAAAGCUGAGCAUCAGCAUUGAUUCUGAAUUCAUGGACAUCGCAACUAGAUACUGUAUUUUCGCAGACACCACCAGGUUUGCUCGCCUGCAAUCCAUCGGCGAGAAAUUCGACACCGUCACACAUGCCCGCACAUUGACACCAUUGUCCGAUGUCGAUGCGUUUUUGUCUCAGACCAUGGCAGCGGCCACCACUUCCAGUUCAAUUGCCAGAUUUGAAUUCCGCGGCAAGCUACCCGGAUCCACAUUCAUGAGCGCAGCGCGGACUUACUCGAUGUUCAGCACCAUUCAGAUCAUCCACAUUGCUGAUUGCACGCUGGAUUUUGCAGAUAUUGUCACAGUUCUGCAGCGCGCGCCUCAUCUGCGCAGUCUGAACUGCGAGCUGUCUAAUGACGCGCCUGCUAUUGAUGGCAAGAGUGGCACUGAACUGGUCAAUUAUAUGUACGCUUCUAAUGGCGUUUUUGGCAAGUAUUUCCAGAACUUGGGGUUGCAUGUUGACGCGGGAUUUCGGAAGGAGAAUGUGGCCGAGAUUGCCGCGCUGCUUGCGAUUGCCUGUCGUCAAUUCACCAGAUGCAAGGUUGGCCGCAUUUACAGGGACGAGCUGAACAGCGAAGUGAACAAGGUUCUGGAAGCCGAUCAUUACUGUAGAUACGCCGGCCUCAUCUUGUGGUUUGUCAACGGGUAA